UAGACAGGGAGGACAGGUGUGGACAGGGAGGACAGGUGUGGACAGGGAGGACGGCUGUGGACAGGUGAGGACAGGUGUGGACAGGUGUGGAGAUCCUCCAGGGGAUGUGACGCCUUCAGCCCAGCUGACAGUGAAUCCAGAACCUCCAACAUGAUGCCGAUGUUCCUCACCGUGUACCUCAGUAACAACGACCACCACUUCAGCGAGGUUCCGCUCACUCCGGAGACGCUGUGCAGGGACGUGCUGGAGCUCUGCAGGGAGCCCGGGGAGCUGCACUGCUACCUGGCCGAGAGCUGGAGGAGCGGCGAGCGAGUGGUGGAGGAGGGCGAGCGCAUGCUGGAGGUGCUGCAGCGCUGGGGGCAGCGGCGGGGGGAGGUGCGCUACCUGCUGCACCACCGCAGAGCUCCCGGGACCGAGCCAGAUCAGGUGAUGAAGAGGAAUGAAGUGAAAGCGUAUGUGGAGAGGUGUCUGGAGAACGGGCUCAGCUGCACCUCCUUCCCUGGAGAUCCUCACCUGGAUGUGACUCUGGGAGAUCUUCAGGAUCUGGCAGCUCGACAGCAGCAGCAGAUUAAUGUUCAGCAGCAGCUGCUGGCCUCCAGGGAGCAGCAGCUGCGCUCCCUGAAGCUGCAGGAGCAGCAGGACGUCGGCGAGCAGCAGCGGCUGCAGCAGCUCCGGGAAAACGCUCAGAACCAGGAGGCCAAGCUGCAGCGGGUCCAGGCCCUGAGGAGCCAGGCGGAGCAGAAACGGCUCAGCAAUGGCAGGAUGGUGGAGGAGAUGGAGCAGAUGACUGGUCUGUUCCAGCAGAAGCACCGGGAGCUGUUGGAGGCCGUGUCUCGGGUGGAGCAGCUGAGUGAACAGCUGGAGGCCUUCAGGAGCAGCAGGCUGGAGAUGUCUCACCUUCAUCAUCUUCGUCGUCUUCCUCAUCAGUCCUCCACAGGCGACCUGGAGCGUCUCUACAAAGAGCUGCAGGUGAGGAACCGGCUGAACCAGGAGCAGAGCGUGCGGCUGCAGCAGCAGAGGGACGGCCUGAACAGGAGGAACCUGGAGGUGGCCUCCAUGGACCGGCGGCUGGCUGAGCUCCGCCGGCGGCUCUGGAGGAAGAAAGCUGCUCUGCAGCAGAAGGAGAACGUCCCGCUGGCCUCAGACCUGGCGACCUCCCAGCAUGCCGUGGGCUCCAGAGUGGCUGCGGUGGGGCCGUAUAUCAAGUCCUCCUGUCAGGGCCCUCCGGUGCCUUCACGGCCGUUGAAGCCGGCCUACCCGGACGGCACGGCCACGCUGCCCAUGAAGCCCCCCCCCAGACCCGCCAAGCCCGCGUCAGGUUUUGCCAAGCUGUCCAGCUGGAGCGCCUCGGCCCCUGACCCCAGCGGGGGGGCCGGCCACGCCUCCACCUUACCCCGCAUGGCGCGCCUCAGAUGCCAUACCGCAGGCGAAACCUCCACCUGUCAGGAAGACGUCUCUGCUUCAGAUGUCCCGCCUCCCGUCCCCUCACGGACCAAUCACAGCACAGAGAAUCUGCUCAGGGAAGCUCAGGCUGCAGGUAGAGGUUUGGUCAAAAUGCCGGUGCCCCCCCCGCUUCCCAGCAAGCCCAAGCCAUUCCUGCCGACGCCCCCGGGCUUCUCCGGGCCCCCCUACAGCACCAGCACCCUUCCUAAUAAAGUGCGGGGGAUCGGGGGGCCCUUCAGGGCCGGGCACAGCAGCACCCUCCCUCUGCCUCCGAAGCAGGAGCCCCCCCCGGCGGCCGCCGUACGGCCCUACACCCCCGACCUCUCGGACGCCACCCCACCAAUCCUGCAGAAGCCUCAGAUGUUGGCGGCCUCCUCCAUUUACUCCAUGUACACCCAGCAGAGCAGUGGGAAGAGCUUCCCCCCGGGAGUCCAGGGCUCGGCGCUGCGCAGCCCGGCUCCAGUGUAUGGGAAGCCGGCGGUCCCGUCCAGCGGGGGGCAGCAGUCUUCUGGAUCGGAACGCUCUGCUCUGAGUUCUGGGUUUGGUCCUGCGGACGUCAGUGAGGCUGACGGCGGUCUCCUGGGUAACAACGAGAUUGUGGGAGGAGACCAAGCAGAGCUCGCCCCUCCAAGACCCCUCAGCCCCACCAAGCUCCUCCCCUUCCAGUCCAACCCUCACAGGAACCCCAGUGACGCCGACCUGGACGCGCUGCGCCGCCGGCUGCACCAUGCGCCGAGGCCUCUGAAGAAACGCAACUCCAUCACAGAGGGCGAAGGGCCAGUCGGGCCCCACAUCCAGAAGCUGCUGUACCAGAAGACCACCCUGGCUGCCAUGGAAACCGUUGCCAUGGAGACGGUGGGGCCAUCAGGGAGGCACCUUCAGCCUCCUAUUCCCGAAGACAUGGUGGGUGGUGUCAGUGUCGCUUCCCUAAGUGACGACAAGCUGGACCUCCACCUGUCCUUUGAAACCCCCGAGGACAGUCUGACCCCACCCCUUCCUGAUCCCGCACCCCCCCCUGUAGAGGAGGCCCACCUCGCCCCCUCUGCUCAGGAUCGCUUCACAGAGGACUUUCCACCUUACCCCCCUCCACCUUACCCUGGAGAGGUGGAGCAGGUGGAGGACCCGCCCAACCUGCAGCCGCCAGAGGUCACGGGACAGGUCACGCCGCCCAUGGGGAAGAGGUCAAACCUCCGCAGGAUGGGCUCAGGGCGCAUUGACCGCAGCGUGAGAGUGAAGUUCAACCCUCUGGCCAUCCUGCUGGACUCUUCUUUGGAGGGCGAGUACGACCUGGUCCAGAGAGUCAUCUUCGACGUGGAAGAUCCCAGCAUGCCCAAUGAUGAGGGCAUCACAGCAUUGCACAACGCCGUGUGCGCUGGCCACACCGAGAUCGUGAAGUUCCUGGUUCAGUUUGGGGUCAACGUUAACGCCGCCGACAGCGACGGAUGGACGCCGCUUCACUGCGCUGCCUCCUGCAACAACGUUCAGGUCUGUAAGUUCCUGGUGGAGUCUGGAGCGGCUGUGUUCGCCACCACGUACAGUGACAUGCAGACCGCUGCUGAGAAAUGUGAGGAGAUGGAAGACGGCUAUGCCCAGUGUUCUCAGUUCCUCUACGGUGUCCAGGAAAAGAUGGGCGUGAUGAACCGCGGAGUGGUGUACGCUCUGUGGGACUAUGAGCCUCAGAGCGAAGACGAGCUGGGCUUCGCUGAAGGUGACUGCAUGACGGUGCUGAGACGGGACGACGGCCACGAGACGGAGUGGUGGUGGGCGUGCUGUGGUGACUCUGAGGGCUACAUUCCCCGAAACCUGCUGGGGCUGUAUCUGAGGGUCAGGCCCCGGCAGAGGAGUCUGGCCUGAACGCCGGCGGAGUGGGCGUGGCCUGGUGACGGACCUCCUGAACACUCCCCCUGUUGCAGAGAACCUUCUUUCCCAGAGGCGCUGGAGCCUCGUACAAACAAGACAGCACCCACUGCUUCCACUGCAAAACCUGCCGGGGCUUCAGUUACCAUGGAAACCAGGUGGUUGACCCCGAGCUCCUGAGAGGUGCUGGUAGGAGAAGAUGUCAGAACUUCCUCGCUGGCUUUGCAUUUUAUUUUUCAUGUAUUCAGUUUAAUUGAUCAGGAUCAUCGUGUUUUCACAGCAGGUCUCACUUCUGUAACUUUCACAGGAAGCUCCGUGACACAAUUCACCGUUUUUCUUGUUUUAAAUUGUGAUCA